GCCAUGCCGCCGCAGCAACGCUCUACGUAACACAACCACCUAAGUUUCUUUAAAAAGCUACUAGGUCUUCUAGCAUAGACGUCUAGAUUCUCUAGCUUGCUUUUAGCAGAUUGUUAAUACUAGAAUCUGCACUCUUCUAAGAACUUCACCGCGCUGGCAACUGCAGUAAUGUCUACUAUGGUAGUAGUACCGAGCAGCAGCCGGCAUACACGUCAAGUAGUCGUUAGCAAGAUUCAUUCUGUCAUCUGCAACCGCGUCAAGGACGGCGACGAGCAGUGCCUCGUACGAUGGCACACUGGAACGAAUACCUCGAAUCCUCCUAUAAGCUGGCACUUGGUCAACGAGUUACGUAACUGCCUCGAAUAUGUCCAAGACUACCUGGAGCAGCGAGAGAAGUUUAAGAAGAUCUUCGCGCAGAACCGGAUACCAUCUAGGAAGCGCAAGAGCCCCGAGACAGAUUCAGCUAUCGACAGCCGCUCUUCAUCAUUCGAUCGGCGAUUGAAGCAGAAGCAGGAUGGCCGAACACCCUCGGUUUCGAGAUCAUCUUCAGUGUCAUCUAGCGUGGCAGCACCAACGACUUCCUCUCCAGAAGUAUACAAUGGUAUCAUGGAAACUGAUGAGCAUGGCUUCGUGUUCUGUCGAUCCGCAUCUGGUUCAGAUGUUGUUUCUGUCUUCAUCACAGACUUCCCUACCUUGGAAAUGAGACAGGCUGCCUACGAGUCGGAAGUAAGGACUGCUGCUAUGCUUAUACGUGCCAGAUACGUACGAAAGCUAGAACAAGUCCCUGGGCCGCCAAUCGAACUGCUGAACACUAUUGACGACUCCACGCCGUCUCUGCGCUUCCGCUAUAUCCCUCACCAUGUUCUAGGCGAGGGCGUAUAUCAGUACGCGGUGGAAACUGCAACAGGAUGUCAGCAAUGCUCUCCGCGGAUGGGCCGCGAUAUUGGAUGCGAGUACACCAAAAAGUGCGACUGUCUGGAAUACGCUGCCGUCAAUGAGGGUGUUCUGACAGACGAAGAGAAGAAGCGCUACAAGCGGUGUCAAGCUGAAGGUAUACCAACACUAGGCCUACCUAAGAGGUUCCCUUAUUUUGCCGAAGGGACAAAGAUCCAGAGAAGUGGAACUCUGAUCCCUUGGUACCUCAACUCUCGUCAUCCAAUCUACGAGUGCAACGACAACUGUCGCUGUGGACCCAACUGCCGCAACAAGAAUGUGCAAUUUGGUCGCAGGGUCGAGCUUCAGAUCUUCAAGACUCAGAGUGGUAGGGGAUGGGGCUUACGUUGCAAGCAGAAGCUGUAUCAAGGGCAGUUCAUCGACACCUAUCGCGGGGAAGUCAUUACAGAAGAGGAGGCUUCGCGCCGUGAGGGCACGUCUUCCAAAGCGAAAGCCUCGUACCUAUACUCCCUCGACAAGUUUGCUGAAUCUGAAGAGCUGGAUCACGAUCCCUACGUCGUCGAUGGAGAGUUCAAAGGAGGUCCCUCAAAGUUCAUGAACCACUCUUGCAAUCCAAAUUGCCGCCAGUACACAGUUAGCUUCAACAAGCACGACCCCUAUGUUUACGACAUUGCUUUCUUUGCCUGCAAAGACAUCCCGGCUGAGACGGAGCUGACAUUUGAUUACCUCGACAAGGAAGAAGGAGGAGCGAUAAAGGAUCCAGGAGAAGACGCAACUCCCUGCCUAUGCGGCUCUGCGAAGUGCCGUAAAUGGCUGUGGACAUGAGCGAGACUCAGGCACAUCACGUGGUAUCGGCAGGCACUCACAACGAGCCACUAUGUGUGAGUUCUGGUCCGGAUAAGCCCUGAUCGUGAUAUCAGUCAACAUCUCAUCUUCAUGCGGGGCGUAUUUGGGGGAGGGUACAUGCCGAUUUGAGUAAUUCACCGGCACCGUUGUCUUACACACUUAUGCAUCAGCGAAGAAGCAAGCGUUCGCAUCACUUUUUUCCAGCGUUAGCAGUCAAGCUUCUGCUCCACAUCACAAAUGUCAACAGGACCAAACCCAUGUUUUCGAUGUAUAUCAGUGACUGACAAAUCUCGCUUCAAUGCGGGCGGGAAGGGCCAUGGCCCUCUUCUAAAGCAGUGUCCAACUCUAGCAUUUUCAACA